AUGCGUCACUUGGUCCACUCAUGGAUUCACAAUGCAUUACUCAUUUUCGCUCUUCAUCAUACUUACAUCUCAAAAUUCAGAGACAUGCAGAAGCAAAUUCAUCAUGGGCACAGUAGCUAUGGGACCUGUUUGUGCUACUUCCUCAAGCCACAACAGCAAAAGCCAUCAGUGAGUUGCAGCAAGAAGGGUUCUUAUGCUAGAAAGGCAGAGAAAUGCUGCACUCAGUUAAGCAAUUUUGCUGAGAAGACCAAGAAGAAGGGUAGUGUUGCUGGUGCAGUAGCUCUAAUCAUUGGUACUAGCAUUGGUUCUGGGAUUCUUGUACUUCCACAGAAAGCCUCUCCUGCUGGAUUUAUUCCAAGUUCUAUAUCAGUGAUUCUAUGUUGGGUUUUUCUCCUCAUUGAAGCACUUUUGCUAGUUGAAAUCAAUGUGGCUCUGAUGAGAAACAAAGAAAAGGAAGAGGAAGACAAUGAGUUGGAGGCGAUUUCUAUCAGAACCAUGGCACAAGAAACACUAGGAGUUUGGGGUGGAUCAUUAGCAACUAUUGCUUAUGUUUUCUUGGCAUAUAGUUCCAUGGUUGCCUAUUGUUCCAAGUCUGGGGAGAUCCUUUUCAAAUUGAUGAAUAUCCCAGCACCAGUUUCUGGUUGUCUAUUUGCCUCGCUCUUCGCAAUGCUCGUCUGCUUUGGAGGAACUCGUGCCACAGAUCAAGUGAACCAAUAUCUAACUGCUUCCAUGAUUGGUUUAUUAUUGGCUAUUGAGGUGGUAGCUGUUCUGUUUGGGGGAUGGUCAGGAGUAGGGGGCAACAAUGAUUGGACAAAAGUUCCACCAACCAUUCCUGUAAUUAUUUUUUCCCUUGUGUAUCAUGAUAUAGCACCAGUUCUUUGUGCUUAUUUGGAAGGUGAUCUUACCCGCAUAAGAGCUUCGGUUAUUCUUGGUAGUCUUGUUCCACUGGUGACAUUGCUUGUCUGGGAUGCAGUUGCACUUGGUUUAGCAGCUGAAGCUGAACAAGUAAUUGAUCCGGUUGAGUUGUUAUACAGGGUGAGAUGGAGUGGUGUUCCACUUAUGGUUGGAGCAUUCUCUCUUUUAGCUCUAGGCACAUCUCUUAUUGGCACCCUCCUGGCCUUCUCAGAGUUCUUUAAGGAGCAACUGAAAAGCUUAUCUUGGCAUUCCACUUCAGCACAAAAGGGAAAUUGGUGGGGCAGGAAUAAGGUGAAUCUUACAGCUGUCACAAUGGUAGUUGCACCUUCUUUGUUUGUCUCAACAACAUUUCCAGAUGCAUUCUCAGCUGCCACAGAUAUUGCUGGGGGCUACUGCAUGUCAGUGCUCUAUGGAGUUCUUCCACCGGCGAUGGCAUGGGCAAUGGACAAGGGUGAAUCCAAACAUUCUGGGGAAAGGGAGUUGUCAAAUGCUAGGCCUGCACUUAUUGUGGUUGGACUAUUUGCAUGUGGCAUUGUGGUGGAGCAAAUUAUUCAUGAUUUACUAGCAUUGCACCUAUAAUAUACUUCUUGGUUUCUUAUGAGAGGUACUGAGGUAGGUUCUACAAAGCACUCCCUCCUGCUUUGGCAACUGAACUAUGCUGGUUGAUUUUGAAGGAAAGAGGAGAUAUGUCAUGGUGCUGAUAGUUUGUGAAAGCACUGUUGAAGGAAUAUAGAACUUGCUACUUCAACUCUGCAUGAUUGAACUAUGCUAGAUGAUUUUGAAUUUCUUUAGGAUGCAUACAAUAUGCUUCUCAAUCUGUAAUCUGUUCAUAAAUAUCCAUUUUUCUUCUUGUUUUGAAUACUAAGGUGCCUUGAAAAUUUUAUAUAUUUUGAAUUUUAUA